CCGCCACCACAUCAUCAGUCCGCGUCGGAGAGCUGCCCGCGACGCUCGCUUGCGAGUGCGAUCCCUCAGAUACGCUGCUGGUUUACGGCGUGCCGUAACACGACACGUUUGGAGGGACCAUAGCCGCUACGCGUGUGCCUGGUGCUCUGUGGACACUACAUUUUGUGUAAACUGUGUUGUGACAAUGUACAAGUGCUAAUUUGUCCAGUUUCCGUGUACUAUUUAGGAUUUUGACAACGUAACCAGUUCCGGAUCAGCUCAGCCGUCAGUCGUGAUGAAAGUAGUAAGCUUGCAAUUACCGUCCGGGCCGAGCAUGGAGCGGUUGCCGCUUCCAUUCAGCCCGACGGAACUAUUGUGGCGGUACCCCUUGCCGUGGGCUCCUCCGCCACCCUCUCCUCUUGGUGAUACGAAGGCCCAACUGCCAGCCGGUCUUCCACCAGAACCUAGAUUAUGGACAAGAGAAGACGUAGCAGUAUUCUUAAAAUGGUGUGAAAGAGAGUUUGACUUGCCAAAUUUCGACAUGGAUCUUUUUCAAAUGAAUGGUAAAGCGCUAUGCCUUUUAACUAAAACGGACUUGGGCGAGCGUUGUCCAGGUGCUGGGGAUGUAUUACACAACGUACUACAAAUGUUAGUACGCGACGCUGCACUUUUGGGAAGGGUGCCGUCUUCACCCGUGACUCCUACGGCUCGCGCUGCGCCCUAUCCCCCUUCUCCACAUUCUCACCCACCGACGCCAACAUGGACAGUAGAUGGAUUCCACCAUUUCCACAGCGCUGCUACGGCGGCUGCUCAACCUAACUCUGUGACGCUCAGUCCGGCGCCAUCAGUUGACAGUUCAGGAAGCCCACAACGAGGGGAAGCAGUUAAUUAUGCCCCUCAGUAUGCCCCUUCCGUCCCCAAUGCAGCUCAAGCGGCUAGCUCUGGCAGCAAUCAUUCCGAUUCUGAUGAGGAAGCCCAAUUCGUCCCACCACCACGGUCACCUAAGGAAGUUCCAUUGACAAAUCCCGCGCCGCAAACGCAUCAGGCGCCACAACAUUCUCACUACCGAGCUCAGCACAGGGAAUUUUUCCCCAACGACAUGCCAGAAUCCAACACAAAUGGAAGAUUAUUAUGGGACUUCUUGCAACAACUCCUAAAUGACCCAACUCAAAGAUACACGAAUUACAUCGCGUGGAAGAACCGGGAAACCGGAGUUUUUAAGAUCGUAGAUCCCGCUGGACUAGCUAAACUAUGGGGCAUUCAAAAAAAUCAUCUUUCCAUGAACUACGAUAAAAUGUCGCGCGCUCUUCGAUACUACUACCGUGUCAAUAUAUUACGGAAAGUCCAAGGCGAAAGACAUUGUUAUCAAUUUUUGAGAAAUCCUACGGAACUGAAGAACAUCAAGAAUAUUUCGCUUCUACGGCAACAAAUGAGCCCUACCCGAGUAGUGCCACAAUCUGUCGUGAAGACUGAAAUGAAGGAAGAACGUUGUGAAGAAGAAACAGUGGAUGAGGAUAUGCCGACAGAUUUAAGUAUGGCGGCGUCUGAGCCAUGGCGGAAACGUGCGCGAUCGGAUCCAGCUGCCGCCCAGCCGUUGCCGUCGCAGCACGACAAACACCGCAUCAGCGCGCUCAUCGGCGACAACAUGAUGAUGAAACGUGAAGCUGAAUACGCUACUGAACAUUACGCACUUAACUUAAAAAGUGAAAAAUGUGAACAAUGAUUUUAUCAGACUUAACAUUGAGAACUCUUACAGAGUGAUAGACUUAUCAUGCAUGUCUCUAUUCAGUGUGCAAACGGCUCCACCCACUAAUUUCUAGUCAAGAUCUUCUCAGUGUUAGUACUUUGAGUUGUCCUAUAAAGAUUACAAAUAAAUAAUAACUGAGAGUACCUUGACAGAUUUAGAAUGGUUUUUGGAGUUAAACAGGGUAUGGACCUAAAAUGCCUUUGUGCCAAGUGAUUUUUUAUACCUAAUAGUGUCAAUUACCUAUAUAGUUAGCAAAGGACAAGAUUUUAUUUUGUGUUAAAGUCAUAGAAACUAUAUUAAGAUUUUGUGCAAUGGACUCGCAUGUUGCGAUACCUAUUGUUGCCAAAAUUCAUCUAUCUUUACGAGUGUGUUCUACACACUCAUUAUUGCAUUUGAGUAAUUUAAUUAUAGGUGUAUAUUUUAUAUUUUGGUUUUGAAUUUGCUAAAAAGAUUAUUGAUUACUAAAACAAUUAUUAAACAAAGAAUUAUUUUUUUAUAGUCGUAGAUAGUGUCUUCCAUUGAUUCUUUUUGGCAAAUCAUUUCAAUUGUAGCAUGUGGAAAAAUCAAGCUACUGUUACACCUACCACACAAACAAUAUUUGGAAGCAGCUAUAAAGGAUUUGAUGUUUUAAUUUAUCACAAUGUUGUUUAAAUAACAUAACUGUAAAAGACAAUAAAUCAUCAAAAUAAUUUACAUAAUUGCCUUCAAAUCAAUAAAAAGAUCCGCUGUGAUAAAAAAUUAAAGUGGUAGAAAUAAUAGGAUAUGCUAGGGCUUUUACUAAGAUUUCCAGCUACAAUUUUCUGUGAUCUCUUUUAUCGAUGUAGGUAAAUGUCAUAGAGUAAAAUAUUAUUGUAAAUAUUAGUUUUAUUAUAUAGAUAGGUAGGUAGACAGGUAAGUAGGUGAGCUAGAUUAAGAAACGGACUGUAAAAAGAAUGUAUGUAUGAUUUGUAAAACAAAAAAUGGAGCUUUAUCAAAGUACCUAUUAUAACAAUAAGUUUUAUUACAACAUGUUUGUAUUUUUACAAUAAUUUCUAUAUGGCUCUCAUGCCAUUAAUUCCAACAUUGUUGUACACAAUAUUCUCAUCAUGGAGUUUGAAAUAAAAAAUAUUGUGUCAGAUUUAUUAUAAUUUAAAUAAAAAAUGUUAUCCUGGA